AUGUCAGGUUUCCGUUCUCUCGUCCACUCUCCGGAGCGCUCUCCGCUUUCCACUUCUGCUCCCCGGUCGUCCACUCCCUCUCCCAAUGGCUCCCAUUCCAACCUUUCGGCUGUCACCGACCAGGACAAGCCUCCCAUUAUUCUCGGUAUAUGCGCCAUGGAUGUCAAGGCACGUUCGAAAGCCAUGCGCGAGAUUUUGACCCGACUCGUGGAGCGGUCCAACGGUGCCAUAGAAGUCAAGGUGUUCGGAGACAAAGUCAUCCUUGACGAAGAUGUCGCAAAUUGGCCUCGCUGCGACGUUCUCAUCUCUUUCUUCUCCACUGACUUUCCCCUCGACAAAGCCAUAUCUUACGUCAAGCUCCGCAAUCCAUACUGUAUCAACGAUCUCCCGCCACAAGCUCUUUUAUGGGACAGACGUCUUGUUGGCGCAGUUCUAGAUCAUCUCAAGGUCCCCACUCCGAACCGUCUUGAGGUUUCCCGAGAUGGUGGCCCGAAGGUGGAUGAUGAGCUGCGAGACUUGAUGAAGCAGAAGAUUGGCAUUUCCCUCGGCGGCUUCCAAGUCACGCCCGAAGUUUCGAUGAGUCCAGAUAACAAUGCCAUCAUCAUAGACGGUCAUAUCAUGGAGAAGCCAUUCGUCGAGAAGCCGGUCAGCGGCGAGGACCACAACGUAUAUAUCUACUUUCGUGAAGGAGGUGGCCGUAGAUUAUUCCGCAAGGUCGGUAACAAAUCGAGUGAACUUGAUCCACAAUUGGUUCUUCCUCGCACGGAUGGUUCGUACAUCUAUGAGAAGUUUGUCGACGUCGACAACUCGGAAGAUAUCAAGGUGUAUACCGUUGGUCAAAACUACACCCACGCAGAGACGCGCAAGUCCCCGUUCGUUGACGGAGUGGUUCGUCGGAACACUGAGGGGAAGGAGAUCCGCUUCAUCACACAUCUAAGCGACGAAGAGAAAGCCUGGGCCUCGCGCAUCAGCGAUAGCUUCGGCCAGAAGGUCUGCGGAUUUGACAUGUUACGGUGCGAUGGCGGGAAGCGGAGUCAAGUAAUCGACGUCAACGGUUGGAGCUUUGUGAAGGGCAACGACACUUAUUACGACAAGACGGCCGAGAUUCUCGCAUCGCUCUGCCUCCAAGUCGCAUCCUCACCUGAGCGGCCCCUGCCUGCUGCGGAGGCGACCGUGGAGGAGCCCACCUGGCUCCUCAAAGCGAACGUCACCGUAUUACGGCACGCGGACCGGACGCCGAAACAGAAGCUCAAGUUCAACUUCCCCAUUGGCGAGCGUUGGACACAGCCGUUCGUCACCUUGCUCAACGGAGAGCGGGAAGAGAUCAUACUUCGUGAACGCCAGCAGCUCAACCUCAUCGCGACGGCAGUCGAGGAGGCCAAAGGACUAGGCGCUGACGGAGACGAUCUCGUCAAGCUUACGCAGCUCAAUAAUGCCUUGUUCAGCAAAAUCGACCUCCCAGGAACUAAAGCGCAGCUCAAGCCAGUCUACUCAAAGAAGCAACCGGGCCAACUACGCAAGCUCACCAAGCUUACACUGGUGUUCAAAUGGGGCGGAGAAUUUACCCAUUCCGCUCGCUACCAAUCGCGCGACCUCGGUGAGAACAUGAAAAAGGAUAUCUCCAUCAUGAACAAGGACAUCCUCAGGAAUGUCAGGAUUUACACGUCCUCCGAGCGUCGUGUCGUUGCUUCUGCGGAGAUAUUCGCUGCGGCGCUGUUUGACAACUCACCCGCCGGAACCUCUAGCACCCUCACGGCCGGAAGUAAUCCUCAGUCUACUAGAUCGUCCACCGAUGGUGGCUACGCUUCAAGUAGUCAGUUCACGUCUGGCAGCCAUUUCCUUCCCCGGCGCGAGAACUCCAUCCCCGCCCAGAAGCCGCCCAAGCUCAUCGUCCGCAAGGACCUACUAGACGACUCGAAUGCAGCCAAAGAUCUCAUGGACGACGUCAAGAAGCGGCUCAAGAUCCUCCUCCGUCCGGGCGAGCCCGAGAAGCGGCCAGAGCUAACGUGGCCGAAGAGCAUGAAGAAAGAGCCGGUCGAGGUCGUGAAGGAGGUGAUCGAGCUCCUGUCAGCCUUCCGGGAGACUAUGCGCCGCAACUGGGACACCGUCGACGUCGACCGUAUCCAGGAACGCUGGUGCUGCGGCGACGAGCCGUGGCUUUUCCGCGAGCGGUGGGAGAAGCUGUUCGAGGACUUCUGCGACGUCAAGCAGGAGAAGUUCGACCCGAGCCGCGUGUCGGAGUUGUACGACACGAUCAAGUACUGCGCGCUCCACCACCGCACGUUCUUGUUUUCCAUCUUCAGCGAGAACGGGCGCAUCCCGGACCAGGCAUCCCACGACCGGAGGUUGCACGAGCUCUACGGGCGGGCCAAGGCACUUUUUGACUUGGUAGCUCCGCAAGAGUAUGGCAUCGAGCCAGAGGAGAAGGAGGAGAUUGGCGUCUUGACUUCAUUGCCCCUACUCCGGAACGUCGUCAGCGACCUUGAACGCGCGCGAAACAACGAGGAAUGCGGUUUGACGCUAUAUUUCACGAAAGAAAGCCACAUCCACACGCUCGUCAACCUUGUCCUGCUCUCUGGCCUUCCCAUUGCAAAUCGCCGUAUCCCCGAGCUUGACUAUUGCUCCCACAUCACUUUCGAGCUCUACGAGCGCAACCACGGCCGCGGCAAGUCCGACAAGGAGUACUCGAUCAAGCUCUCGCUCUCCGAGGGCGCUCACUCGUCCAACGUCCUCGACUCCGCGCUCGACGCCCGCCACUCGCUCAACGUCCAGCCCCGCCGGAAGCUCACCCAGCACAUCCCGUACCCGCUCGUCGUCGACCGGCUCUCGAAGCACUUCGGACGGCACCCGGACGACGACGACACCGGCCCGGACACGCCCUUCGAGACCAUCGACCCCGUCGGCGCGAGCGUCGCAAAGUCGAGCACACCCGCGGACGAUCCCUGA